GUCUAUUUUUGAGCUUCAGUUUUGGGGCAUAGCAAACAUGUCGACGAGUUUGGAGCAAUUCUCACGACAUCCAUCACCACCGGCAUCUAUUUUUGUACUUGCAUAUCACGGCACAACCCUCGUAAUUAUACGAUGAUUUGCUUGACAGCAGCUGCCAUGUCCAGCAGCUGUCUAGUGUGCGCGUUGUGCCGUGAUGCACGUCUGUUUAUUGUCAAUCGUUGUCGGCCCUCGAAUCCGUAUAAAUAUGACGACAGACUCGACCUCGUUGACCGAUCGAUUUCAGAUCCAAUCCCACACGUCACUCCCAGCUUUCAGUCCUGGCAUACUCUCAGUCCUUGUUUCCAAGCACACAGUGAUCUAAUUAACCGUCGUCAAGCCCCCUCGUCGCAGCCAUGUCGUCCGCCGCAGAUACUCUCUUCGCGAGCGCCAUUAACACGAAGCCGCUCACCAGCGUCAACAAGAAGAGCAAUGCCAAAUUGAACACGGCCGGCAUCAAGAGCGUCGUCGACGCCGUGGCAAAACUCAAGACAGGCACCGAGGUGACGGUCGUUGACACACACAUGGUCGAUCCCGAUCAGUUCGUAAUCAACUACCGCGUCCACCACGCCUCGGCCGACAUCAACCUGGCCAUAAGCCGCUUCAGGAAGCCCAAGGAGGCCCAGGAUGCGCUGCUGGCCUUUCUCAAGGCCCACCAAAACAACGUCGCCAUCAGCCACCAGAAGUCGUCCAAGCCCCUUGGCGAUGUUUCGGUCCAGGGCAUCUCGAGCCUGCUCUUUGCCAACGGCGACGUGUACAUCCACAUCCACCACCAGGGCGCGACGACUGCGAGUGAAGAACCCAAGGGUAAGUCAUUGGCCGCAUCAGAGCUGUU